ACUCUUCCUGAACAAGCUCACUGAGUGAGCCUUUCCUCAAACUACAUCUGCUGAAAAGAAACUGCAACAAAGAACAUGGAGCCAAACAGGAAUCUGCGACACAGUAAAUGCUUCUGACAGCAGCUUGUGACGAUAGUUUGAACAUUUCUGAAAACAAAGGAGCAACCGAUUUAUAUCCACAAAACAUAUUUUUGAGCUUCUAUCAUCCUGUCAAAGGAGCCAGGUUUUGCAGCUAUGGCCAGAUGUCGCAUGGAUUGCAUAGAAAAGCCCCUUCAGAGCUUCUUUAAGAAGAUGGGUAAAUCUGUUGGAUCCAAUCCCUGGUGGUUCCUCAUUGCCCCCCUUAUUGUCUCUGCAGCUCUGGGAAGCGGGUUUUAUUUUACUCAGGACAGACUCUCCAACAAUAUUGAAGAGGAGUUUACACCUUUUAAUGGACCGGCCAAGACAGAGAGGAAGCACUUCAGUGAAAUGUUUCCAGAAGAUGAUUCCAUGUUUUCAAGUUUGAGGCAGACCACAGAUGGAAACUAUGCCACUCUCAUAGCUACAAGCGAGACUAAUAUUCUGACUGUUAAAAUGCUUGAAGAAAUCCUCAUGUUGGACUCUAAAAUCAAGAACAUGUUGGUAGAAUUUGAUAAGGAAUCAUUUAAAUAUGAGGGCAUCUGUGCUAAGGUGAUGAAAAACUGCAUUUCAAACAUCAUUCUAGAUAUCAUUCAAUACAAUGCCGAAAAUAUAAAAGCUGUCACACUGACAUUCCCGUGGUAUCACAAUGGUAAGACAAAUUUGCCGUUGUAUACAAGUCUGGGGGGUGUGACUCAAGGAGACACUUCAGUUGUUGAAAGCGCUAAAGCUAUACAACUCUAUUACUAUUUAAAAGAGGGCAACAAAACAAAAAAUGACCUUUGGUUGGAAAGCUUCAUUAGUUUGGUGUCGAAUAGCUCCUCACCUUCCCUCCAGGUAAGAACUCACAUUUUGUGUUUAAGUUAUUAUCCUCCCACUUGGUGGUUGGAUAAUGUGAGGACGAAGGUGUGGGUGGGGUUCUGCGGCGUUCUCUCUACAAGUCUAGCGGUCGUGAGUGGUUUUGGUUUGCUCUUGUUGGUGGGCCAGCCUUUUGUAAUGACAGCUGCCUCCUGUCCCUUCAUGAUUCUAGGUAUUGGGAUCGAUGAUAUGUUCAUCAUGAUCUCCUGCUGGCAAAAGACUUGCGUUCUGGACAGCGUUCCAGAACGGCUGGGUGAGACCUACAAAGAUGCUGCCAUCUCCAUUACCAUUACCACCCUCACCGAUGUGCUGGCUCUCUUCCUGGGCUGCAUCACACCCUUUGGCUCAGUCCAGUCCUUCUGCCUCUAUGCUGGAAUUUGUCUUUGCUUCUGUUACUUCUACAGCCUGACCUUCCUGGGUGCAUGCAUGGCUUUAAAUGGGCAGAGAGAAGCAGAGAACAAGCACUGGAUCACCUGCAUCAAAGUCCCAAGUGAUGCACCAGGGAAAUCAAAAGCUUUCUGGUUGUGCUGUACUGGGGGUCGGUACAACCAAGAUACUAAAAAAGAGGAAACAGAGCCCAUAAGUUCUUUUUUUGAGAGGUUCUACGGUCCAUUUCUGACCCACAAAGUGACAAAAGUCUUUGUGUUUGUCCUUUAUGCAGGUUAUUUAGCUGCUAGUAUCUAUGGCUGUGUAAUCUUAAAAGAAGGACUUGAUACUAAGAACCUGGCUUUGGAUGAUUCUUACAUUAUCAAUUACUACAACCAUGAAGAGGAGCACUUCAAUGAAUAUAGCUUCAGUGCAAUGGUGGCAAUAGAGCAGCAAUUCCCCUACUGGGAAAAAGACCAACGGAAGCAAUUAAAUUCUUGUAUUUCAAGUUUUGAAUCACUGAAAUUUGUCAAUAACACAAUGGCUUGGUUCAUUUUCUUUGAAAACUAUGCAGAAGGCAAUAAUAAGCCCAUAAGCUCCCAGGAGGAAUUCCUAAACAACCUGAAACCUUUCUUAAAUUUUGACCCAUUCUUAGCACAAGACAUCCAAUGGACUCCAGACGGUAAGAUUCAGGCAUCUCGCUUUUUCCUGCAGACAAAAAACAACGUACCGAUGGCAGAUAUGAUGGUGGAGCUCAGGAAAACUGCGGAGGAAUGUUCAGUGGAGCUCCUGGUGUACCACCCUUCUUUCAUCUACUUUGACCAGUACACUGUCAUUUUAAAUAACACCAUCCAAACCAUGCUCACCGCUGUGAUCGUAAUGCUUGCAAUCUCUCUCGUACUCAUACCCGAUCCUCUCUGCUCACUUUGUGUAGUGUUUGCAAUUGUUUCAGUCAUCACCGGCGUGACGGGAUUCAUGUCCCUCUGGGGCGUCAAUCUGGAUUCCAUCUCCAUGAUCAAUCUGGUCAUGUGCAUCGGUUUCUCGGUAGAUUUCUCGGCGCACAUUUGCUACUCUUUUGUUUCGAGUCCCAAAAGUGACGGCAAUGAGAAAGCUAUUGAGGCUUUGGCGAUUUUGGGUUACCCAGUACUGCAGGGAGCACUGUCCACUAUCUUAGGUGUGGUGGUGUUGAGCGUGUCUGGGAGUUACAUAUUCCGGACAUUUUUCAAAAUCGUGUUUCUUGUCAUUGUGUUUGGACUGUUCCACGGCUUGACGUUUAUUCCAGUGUUUCUCACGUUGUUUGGGGCCUGUAGCAAGUCACGUUGAGCUGAUGCCCAGUGCAUCCGUCUGCAGAUUUGACAUUUCAAUUACACUCACGCUAAAACUGUGGAUGCCAUGCCUUUAACUUGAUUGAUAUAUAUGUAAAAAAAAAAUUUUAAAAAAGGACUAUUGUUUAAAAUAUAGCAAACCUGUGCGCUCAUGCUAAGAUACUUUCAGUGUCUGAAAACACACUGAAAGUAUCUAUAUAUAUCUCUCUAUAUAUAUCUAUAUAUAUUUAUUGUUCAUCUCUAAUAUUGUAGGCUAUUUAUCUAACAAUACAAAACACCUUGAGGCAACUGAGGUCAUGACCUGGUGCUACAUAAACAAACAGAUUUGAAUU